ACCCGUUUUACUUCAACUCCAAUAAUCGUUUUUCUACAAUUAGGGUUUCAUUUCUGGUCUUCCCCCUUUUCCAAUCUUCGUCUUUGUCUUGUUUCGUAAGCACAAGUACAACAAUCAUCUCAAACCAUGUACGGUUCAAGCUAUGGCUCAAGUUACGGGUCUGGUUACGCCUCUAGAGGGGCAAUGUUGGGAAGCGGGGGGGUGUCGGACGGGUACGAGGUCGGCUCAAAGAGACAAAGAAUGAUGGACUCAAAUCCAUACUUCGCAGUGGGAAGCGGUCCAGCGGCAGGAUAUCAGCAUUAUGACUACAGAGGCAGCGGCUAUCAGCCUUCUGGUUUUCCAGUGGUACGUCUCAGGGGUCUUCCAUUUAACUGCACUGAUAUUGACAUUCUGAAGUUCUUUGCUGGCCUGGACAUUGUUGAUGUGCUAUUGGUCAACAAGGGUGGACGAUUUUCGGGGGAGGCAUUUGUGGUGCUUGCCUCACCAGUGCAGGCUGGACUUGCCCUGAAUAGAGAUCGACAGAACAUAGGCCGUAGAUAUGUGGAAGUUUUCAGGUGUAAGAAGCAGGACUAUUACAAUGCUGUGGCUGGAGAAGUGAAUUAUGAAGGCAUCUAUGAUAAUGACCACCCAAGCUCUCCCCCAGGCCGGUCCAGGAGGUCCGUGGAUAAAGAGCAACUGGAAUACACUGAGAUUCUUAGAAUGCGCGGUCUUCCUUACUCUGUGACCAAGGCGGACAUACUGAAAUUCUUUGGAGAUUUCAAUUUGACUGAGGACAAAGUCCAUAUUGCAUGCCGUGCUGAUGGUAAAGCUACUGGAGAGGCAUAUGUGGAAUUCUCUUCUUCAGAGGAGGCAAAGAAAGCUAUGUGCAAGGAUAAGAUGACCAUUGGCUCACGUUAUGUUGAGCUGUUUCCAUCAACACCAGAUGAAGCAAGACGAGCUGAAUCUAGAUCAAGGCAGUGAUGAGUACUUUUUAGCUGAAACUACUUAUGUUCCUCCAUUGUCAAUUGCUAGAUCAAGUCAUACUAUUUUUGGGUUGUUAUUGUUACUUGUUAUUGUACUUUGCCCGUUUGUUAGCGUAAACUUCAAAACUAUGAUGACCUACUCAAUAUACACAUAGAUUUGUGCUUUCGGUUUGGUUUGUCUAGCUGAAUCUUCUCGGUAACGUCGCUUAAGAAUUUUCUGCAGACACAGUCGAGCAUUUGAUACAAGCUAAUCCAUGUACAUGGAAGACGGCCGUCUCUCAUGUCAGAAAUCGAAAUUUAUCUGUU